CCAAAACCUGAUCCUCCAGUCGGGGGCUCCGUUAAUGUUUAAUCAGAUAGGAUCGUCCGAUGGAGCUCCGGUGGCGUGAUCGCGCCCAGAGUCAAGCACCCACACCCUAGGUUUCCCCCGCGGCGUCGGGGCGCUCACGGCCGCAGGCGGGAGCCGCGCCGCUCAGCUCGAGGUCGGAUCCUGGAGGACUGAGCCAGGCAGAGCCUGUCGGGCCGACCCGGCGCCCCUUCGCGCGCCUUGUCCCCGUCGGGGCCGAGCUCCCGCGCACGCACCCUCCCGCUCUGCAAGGCACAGGGCGUCGCCAGCGUGGAGCGCGCGCGACCCCAGGUCUCCCCGCCGGGACGCCGACCUCCGCUCUCGCCCCGAUGGGCCCCGGCAGUUCCAGGCGGCCGUGGGGGCCGCUGCUGCUGCUGCUGCUGCUCCUGGGUCCCGCCGGCGCCCGCGCGCAGGAGGACGAGGACGGCGACUACGAGGAGCUGGUGCUCUCCUUCCGUUCAGAGGAGUACGGCCCGGCCGACCCGGCCCAGCACACGCUCACCGCCACCUUCCACCGCUGCGCCAAGGACGCCUGGAGGUUGCCGGGCACGUACGUGGUGGUGCUGAAGGAGGACAGCCACCGCUCGCAGCCCGAGCGCACUGCCCGCCGCCUGCGGGCCCAGGCCGCCCGCCGGGGCUACCUCACCAGGGUCCUGCAUGUCUUCCACGACCUCUUUCCUGGCUUCCUGGUGAAGAUGAGCAGCGACCUGUUGGACCUGGCCCUGAAGUUGCCCCACAUCGAGUACAUCGAGGAGGACUCCUCUGUCUUUGCCCAGAGCGUCCCAUGGAACCUGGACCGGAUCACCCCUGCGCGGUACCAGGAGGAUGAAUACCACCCCCCCAAUGGAGGCAGCCCUGUGGAGGUGUAUCUCUUAGACACCAGCAUCCAGAGCGGCCACCGGGAAAUUGAGGGCAGGGUCACAGUCACCGACUUUGAGAGUGUGCCCGAGGAGGACGGGACCCGCUUCCACAGGCAGGCGAGCAAGUGUGACAGCCACGGCACCCACCUGGCAGGGGUGGUCAGCGGCCGGGAUGCUGGCGUGGCCAAGGGCACCAGCCUGCGCAGCCUGCGCGUGCUCAACUGCCAAGGGAAGGGCACGGUCAGCGGCACCCUCAUAGGCCUGGAGUUUAUCUGGAAGAGCCAGCUGGUCCAGCCCGUGCGGCCGCUGGUCGUGCUGUUGCCCCUGGCGGGUGGGUACAGCCGGGUCCUCAAUGCCGCCUGCCAGCGCCUGGCGAGGACUGGGGUGGUGCUGGUCGCAGCUGCCGGCAACUUCCGGGACGAUGCCUGCCUCUACUCCCCAGCCUCCGCUCCCGAGGUCAUCACGGUUGGAGCCACCAAUGCUCAGGACCAGCCAAUGACCCUGGGGACCUUGGGGACCAACUUUGGCCGCUGUGUGGACCUCUUUGCCCCAGGGGAAGACAUCAUUGGUGCCUCAAGUGACUGUAGCACCUGCUUUGUGUCACAGAGUGGGACAUCACAGGCUGCCGCCCAUGUGGCUGGCAUUGCCGCGGUGAUGCUGAGCGCCGAGCCGGAGCUCACCCUGGCCGAGCUGAGGCAGAGGCUGCUCCGUUUCUCUGCCAAAGACGUCAUCAACGAGGCCUGGUUUCCCGAGAACCAGCGGGUGCUGACCCCCAACCUGGUGGCCGCCCUGCCCCCCAGCGCCCACGGAGCAGGUGGGCAGCUGCUCUGCAGGAGCGUGUGGUCGGCGCCCUCGGGGCCUACGCGGAUGGCCACGGCUGCGGCCCGCUGCGCCCCGCAGGAGGAGCUGCUGAGCUGCUCCGGCUUCUCCAGGAGCGGGAAGCGGCGGGGCGAGAGCCUUGAGGCCCGAGGGGGCAGGCGUGUCUGCCUGGCCCACAACGCGUUCAGGGGCGAGGGUGUCUACGCCAUCGCCAGGUGCUGCCUGCUACCCCAGGCCAACUGCAGCGUCCACACAGCUCCACCAGCCCGGGCAGGCGUGGAGACCCGCAUCCACUGCCACCCGCAGGGCCACGUCCUCACAGGCUGCAGCUCCCACUGGGAGGCGGAGGACCUUGGCACCCACAGCCGGCCUGUGCCAAGGCCACGAGGUCAGCUCGACCAGUGUGUGGGCCACAAGGAGGCCAGCGUCCACGCUUCCUGCUGCCACGCCCUGGGGCUGGAGUGCAAAGUCAAGGAGCACGGGGUCCCGGGCCCUGCAGAGCAGGUCACUGUGGCCUGUGAGGAGGGCUGGACCCUGACCGGCUGCAGUGCCCCCCUCGGGGCCACCCAGGUCCUGGGGGCCUAUGCCGUGGACAACACGUGUGUGGUGAGGAGCCAGGACGUCGGCCCAGCAGGCAGGACCAGCGAGGAGGCCACGGUAGCCGUUGCCAUCUGCUGCCAGAGCCGGCCCCUGGAGCAGGCCCCCCAGAAGUUCCAGUGACAGCCCCGUUCCUAGACAGUGCCUGGGGAGGGGACAGGGGCUGGGACUGUGCUUCCAGGGCUGGAGCUGAGCUUUGCAGUGUUCCUACUCGCCCCUUCCUCAGUCCUCCAUGGCCUGGGCCGGAGGGGACAGGGAUACCUCUACCUUCCUGGAGCUGCUUCCUGGUGCUGGCCCUUGGGUGGGGUGGGCUCCUUGCCUGGGAGAACGUGGUGUCUCCCCUGAACCCCCUCCCUCACCGUGGGGCCUGUGUCUGGCCUUCCACUGCUCGAACAGGUUAAGCUAUGCUCAGCUCCCUCCAGCUGUGCCCAGCGUGCCUGCACCUGUGGGCAGAAUUGCCUGUUACUGAGCUCUUGCCACGUGCUGGGCGUUCAGUCCUCAAGUCUCCACAGGGGGCAGUCUUCUCCCCUUGGGCAGGUGGGGAGGCACGUGGGGGCUGGAGGGGGCCAGGUGUCAGGGGACGUGAGUGGGAAAAGUGCUGGUGGCCCCUCACCGCCUGCUCACUUGGGAGAAGCCCCUUGGGCUCCUGGAUGAUGGAGGAUCAGUUGUCCACACCUGCUGGACUGCAGUGGGGAGGCCUUGUCCCAGGUGGUCAUGGGGCCGUGCCUUUGUUUCCCCAGCUGCCCUGACUCUGCUCUAGGCCAGGUUUGCUAGUGCCCAGGACCCCCAGCAGGGUGCCGUCACCCAGGGCUGACUUCGGUUUGCUGUGGAGGGCCACAUGGUGCACACGCCAUCUCCCCCAGCCCUGCCCACCACCCUGCACACUACAAGGUGGCACCCCCACUUGACUGAGGAAGAAACUGGGACCCAGAGUAGAAGUGCCCACUGAGUUCACACAGCCGGGAAGCGAGGUGGUGCCAGGAUGGAACCCAGAUCGGGCUGGCUCUGAACCGAGCCUGUGUUCACUUUACCAGGCUGGGCACCCCCUUUACGGGUAACAGUGAGGCUGGGAAGGGAAGCAGACCAGAGAAAGCACAGUGAGCCGAUGCCUCGCCCUGCUUGCUCCCGGGCUGCUACGCCCUGCGGUCCUGGCACUUGCCCUGUUCUUACCCUGGCCUGAUUCAGUGUGGCCCGGGGACGCCUCUGAGGGAUGGUGGGGGGCACUGUCCCUUCCUGAGCACCACCCCCACCCCACCCAAGCAAACAAGCAUGCAUCUAGCUUUUUGGUCUGUUCUCUCUGUUGUCUUUUUAUAGCAAGAAGCUUUUCUAGACUUUUUUUUUUUUUUGCUUUUGUAACUUGAAGAUAUUUAUUCUGGGUUUUGUAGGAUUUUUAUUAAUAUGGUGACUUUUUAAAAAUAAAACCUUUUUCCUGA